CUGAAUUCCCGGACAUCCAAAGCCGCGAGCAGACAGGGUCCCAAUCCCCCUAUUUCGGAGGGGACUCUGGACCCCUUUCCGAGGGUUUCAAGGGAGCCAAUCGGAUGCCCCUGAUUCGAAAGAUUCCCGCAAAGAGGAUGGAGAUCUCGAUUCUCAAGUGACUUCCAAAGGUUUGCAAGCCAUUCUACCUCCCGCCCAGCCCCGGUCGUAUUUCAAAAGCGUCUCCGUCACAAAAGUGAUGGCCCCGAUGGGACGGUCGAGGAACGCCGGACGGUGCGCGACAGCCAGGGUCACGAGGAGACGGUCGUUACUCGGAGCCCAGGGCCCGAUGACGGCCUGGCGAGAGCCCACGAGAUCCGGUCCCUUUCAGCCCUGGCCCGGAUGGAGACUUGAGUGACACCAGUUCGAUUCUCAACACCUUUUUCCGCCGCUGGUUCCCGAACCAGUAAUUCCUUUGGCAGAGAGGCAGGUUUCUAUGCAUUUCCUGAACUGCCUCCUCUUCUUCUUUGUAGCCUGAAAAUAGGACAAAUAAAAUAACUUAUUUAUGCUUGAGGUUGGUCUGCGUGCUGUUUUUUUCCCUCCCCCCUUUUGAAGAUUUGGGGAGGGGGAGAAGACCCUGUUGAACCCCCCCCCCUUUCUGGUUCCCAGAGUCUGGGAAUACUGCAGAUAGAGUGUUCCUGCAAGCUGGAGGUUCUCCGGUGCUGCCGGAGAAGGCAUCGCAGCUCACCCUCCCCUCCCGAUCACAACGGCGCCCGUUGCUAAGCGAGACCGUUGCUAACGUCAGCCUCGCCCCAUAUAUGGCCACCUCUGCUGCCGUUAAGUGAACUCUCUGCCAUUAAGCGAGCUUCGUCCUGCCCCCGGUUCGGCGAGUCCCCGUCUCCCUCCUCCCCCCUUGACUUCGCUCGUCGGAAAAGCAGCGAAACGGGAUCGCGCGACCUCUGCAACCGUCGUAAAUAUGAGUCAUCCCCUUAAGUGUCCGAAUUCCAAUCUCGUGUCCCUCCCAACCGUCAUAAAUACGACUCUGUUGUCUUCAGCGUCUGGAUUUCGAUCACGGGGACUCCGCACGGCCAGGAGCAUGAAACGCUCCCCUCUUUUUUGCCGUUCAGCUCAUUAAGCGAACCGCCGUAAGCCGAGGACUUAGAAGCACAAACUCCUAAAUUUUAAACAAAAAUCCCUUUUUCCCCCCUUAAGAUUCGAACCCAAAAGCACCCGGGAUGCCCCUAUGCCCGGCCCUGCCCUUCCCUUAACCCCCAUCCAACCUGGCAGGGCUGCCCUUGGGCGUGUCCCGGGUGCGGGAGAGGCCCGUGCGUGCACAACACCUCUGUGUGUGUGUGUUUGUGUACCGUUCCAACAUCCCAAAGGGCAAGGCCGCCUGCAGAAUGCCAAGAUGCCAAAAACGGGUGCCAAGGAUUCGCACCCAAGCCAAACACCCCCGAGGGUGCAAAAUACCCCCCGCUUGCCCUGGGCGAGCCUCCACCACCUCAGCAAGUCUACCUUUCUCUCUCUCCCCCCCACCCACCCUCGGACUUCCAGAGGCCGGGCUGGGCCUCUCCCCUCGCGCCACCCUCCCACACCGCUGACCGUUCCCCGGCCCGUCCUGUCCUUUGCCCUUACAUAACGAGGUAAUUAAUCAACCUUGAAUAAUUAGCGGUUAUCAUCCUCCUCAUCGGCCGGGGCAAGGAGCUUUGUGGGCGGAGGAGGCAUUAGAUGUAUAUAUAUAUAUAUAUAUAUAUAUAUUGCCUUGCGCCAGGCUGGUUCUCUGUUUCUCUCUCUCUCUCUCUUGCCUUCGCCAUGUCUUAUGCCCGCUGCCUGGGCACGCUUCGAAGCCGUUGCAGGAUCCACAGCCACCUCCUGCGGCAAUGCCUGGCGGAGUUCCUUGGCGUCUUCCUUUUAAUUGUCCUCACUCUUAGCGCUUCGGCCCAAAGCGUCACCAGCGAAGGAACCAAAGGAAAUUUUUUAAGCUCCUCUUUAGCCAGCGGAGUGGCUGUGAUGGUGGCCGUCCACGUCUCCGGGGGCGUCUCAGGAGGACACCUGAAUCCGGCCUUCUCGCUCGCCCUGUGCCUCCUGGCUCAGUUUCCCUGGUGGAAACUGCCCCUUUAUUUUCUCAUCCAAGUCCUGGGGGCGUUUGUGGGCGCUGGCACAGUCUACCUCCUUUAUUACGACGCCAUUCACAGCUACAGUAAUGGGACUCUCAGAGUGACAGGUGUCCGGGAAACGGCCUCCAUCUUUGCCACCUACCCCGCCCCUUACCUGUCCAUCCCCAAUGGAUUUUUUGACCAGGUGCUGGGCACAGGAGUUCUGGUGCUGGGUAUCCUGGCCAUUAUCGAUGCCCGGAAUAAACGCAUCCCACCCGGAUUGGAUCCGUUGGCUGUCGGGCUCUUGGUCUUCGCACUCAGCGUAUCUAUGGGUGCUAACUGCAGCUGCGCCAUCAACCCAGCUCGGGAUUUGGGGCCACGCCUGUUCACCUACGUCGCCGGGUGGGGCCCGCAGGUAUUCAGCGCCGGGCAAUGUUGGUGGUGGGUUCCCAUCGCCGCCCCCAUGUUGGGGGCCACAGUUGGGACGGCGGUGUAUCAAUUCGGAGUCGAAUUUCACCACCCGACAGAUUCGAAAGAGCCGGAAAAUUCGACGGCGGAAAAACAAGGAGGUGAGAAAGAAAUAGAUUUACCGGUUUACGUCGUUAACAGCUACGCCGAAUCGUGGACAGGCGCUGGCACGGAGUCGGACGAACCCCCCAAAUGAGACCUCCGACCAGGAUGCUAAGAGAAACACCUUCCUCCUUUGUUGGAUGUAUUGGGUGGGGGCCAUCUUCCUAAAUUUGGGACCUGGAAAAGGGGGAUUUGGGGGGGGGGAGUGACGGCGGCUGAAACGGACAUCGGAUAUCCGAGAAAGGACCCAUGGAUGAAAAUCGUCCUUCCGUUGCGUGUGAGUUUGACCGAAGCAGGGCCUUUUUCGCAGUGGCCCCUUCACUGUGUAAAAACAGCAAGAAUUAUCUCGCUGGUCGCGUUUUUGGGGUGAAAAGGGGGGCAUCUGAGCCCCACAAGGCCAUUCCAAGUCUCCAACAAGCAUCUCCAGGCCCGUCGGCGGUGCCUUCCCGGGAAAACCAGCGCCGAGACGGGCACGAUUGGACGGGUUUGGUUAAGAUGUUGCUUCUUUUUCCACCCCGUUAAGAGGAACGCCGGAGACCUGAGCUAAGGAUCUUUGGGGGGGGUGUUCUCCAAAGCGCACGUCUCAGAAAUAAAUUAUUUAUUUUCA